CCGGCUCUGCGCGCCCGCCUCGGGGCUCGCUCGGAGAGGACGCGGCGGCGGACGCGGCAGCCCUCAGCGUGCGCGCGCGGGCCGGGCGGACGGCGGGCCGAGCUGCGGGGCUGCGCGCGCCCCUGCUCCCGCCGUCGGCCCCGCAGCGGCCGGCCCGCGCCCUGCGGCGGCUCCCGCGUCCCGCGCUCCCCUUUGUCCGCGGGCCAGAGCCGCGGCGUCCGAGCGGAGGUCGGAGCUCGCAGCGGCGGCGGCUGAAGCGGCGGCUCCCUCGCGGCCGGCCGCCCGCGCGCCGCGGCGAUGCCGGAUCAGAUCUCCGUGUCGGAAUUCGUGGCCGAGACCCAUGAGGACUACAAGGCGCCCACGGCCUCCAGCUUUACCACCCGAACGGCGCAGUGCCGGAACACGGUGGCGGCCAUCGAGGAGGCUUUGGAUGUGGACCGGAUGGUUCUUUACAAGAUGAAGAAAUCUGUGAAAGCGAUAAACAUCUCUGGGCUGGCGCACGUGGAGAAUGAGGAGCAGUACACCCAGGCUCUGGAGAAGUUCGGUGGCAACUGUGUGUGCAGAGACGACCCGGAUUUAGGGAGCGCCUUCCUGAAGUUCUCAGUGUUCACCAAGGAGUUGACCGCGCUCUUCAAAAACCUGAUUCAGAAUAUGAACAACAUCAUCUCCUUCCCUUUGGACAGUUUGCUGAAGGGGGACCUGAAAGGAGUAAAAGGGGACCUGAAAAAGCCCUUUGAUAAAGCUUGGAAGGACUAUGAAACAAAAAUAACCAAAAUAGAAAAGGAGAAAAAGGAACAUGCCAAGCUCCAUGGGAUGAUACGUACCGAAAUAAGUGGGGCUGAAAUUGCGGAAGAGAUGGAAAAGGAGAGGAGGUUCUUCCAGCUACAGAUGUGCGAGUACCUGCUGAAGGUCAACGAAAUCAAGAUCAAAAAAGGAGUGGAUUUACUUCAGAAUCUGAUCAAAUACUUCCAUGCUCAAUGCAAUUUUUUCCAGGAUGGACUGAAAGCAGUAGAAAGCCUCAAACCUUCCAUUGAAACAUUAUCCACAGAUCUCCACACAAUCAAACAGGCCCAGGAUGAAGAACGAAGGCAGCUGAUACAGCUUCGUGAUAUUUUGAAAUCAGCCUUACAGGUUGAACAGAAAGAGGACUCACAGAUUCGCCAAAGUACAGCUUAUAGUUUACAUCAGCCUCAGGGAAACAAAGAACAUGGCACGGAGCGGAAUGGCAACCUGUACAAGAAAAGUGAUGGGAUCCGAAAAGUGUGGCAGAAGAGGAAAUGCUCAGUUAAAAAUGGUUUUCUGACCAUAUCCCAUGGUACUGCUAACCGGCCGCCUGCAAAGCUCAACCUCUUAACCUGCCAAGUGAAGACCAACCCCGAGGAGAAGAAGUGUUUUGACCUCAUCUCGCAUGACAGGACAUACCAUUUUCAAGCAGAAGACGAGCAGGAAUGUCAGAUAUGGAUGUCUGUGCUGCAGAACAGCAAGGAAGAAGCUUUGAACAAUGCGUUUAAAGGAGAUGACAGUACUGGAGAAAAUAACAUAGUCCAAGAGCUGACCAAGGAGAUCAUCUCGGAGGUGCAGAAGAUGACGGGCAAUGACGUGUGCUGUGAUUGCGGGGCACCAGAUCCUACGUGGCUUUCCACCAACCUGGGCAUCCUGACCUGCAUCGAGUGUUCGGGGAUCCACCGAGAGCUGGGCGUCCACUACUCUAGGAUGCAGUCCUUGACCUUAGAUGUAUUAGGAACAUCUGAGCUGCUGCUUGCCAAGAAUAUUGGGAAUGCAGGCUUUAAUGAGAUCAUGGAGUGUUGCCUACCAGCUGAGGACUCAGUCAAACCCAACCCCAGCAGUGACAUGAAUGCAAGGAAGGACUACAUCAUGGCCAAGUACAUCGAAAGGAGAUAUGCAAGGAAGAAGCACGCAGAUAAUGCAGCAAAGCUCCAUAGCCUGUGUGAGGCCGUGAAAACCAGAGACAUUUUUGGGUUACUCCAAGCUUACGCCGAUGGUGUGGACCUUACAGAAAAAAUCCCACUGGCCAAUGGACAUGAGCCAGAUGAGACAGCCCUCCACCUUGCAGUCAGAUCUGUGGACCGGACUUCUCUUCACAUUGUGGAUUUCUUGGUUCAGAACAGUGGGAAUCUGGAUAAGCAGACAGGCAAGGGCAGCACAGCCCUGCACUACUGCUGCCUGACGGACAAUGCUGAGUGCCUAAAGCUGCUUCUGCGGGGGAAGGCCUCCAUCGAGAUAGCUAAUGAGUCAGGAGAGACGCCGCUGGACAUUGCCAAGCGUCUCAGGCACGAACACUGUGAGGAGCUGCUGACCCAGGCCUUAUCUGGAAGGUUUAACUCCCAUGUUCACGUGGAGUAUGAAUGGCGGCUGCUCCAUGAGGACCUGGACGAGAGUGAUGAUGAUGUGGAUGAGAAACUUCAGCCUAGUCCCAACCGGCGGGAGGACCGUCCUGUGAGCUUCUACCAGCUGGGGUCCAGCCAGCUUCAGCCCAGUGCUGCAUCUUUGGCCCGAGAUGCUGCAAACCUCGCCAAGGACAAGCAGAGGGGCUUCAUGCCCAGCAUCCUGCAGAAUGAGACCUAUGGAGCCAUCCUAAGUGGCAGCCCACCCCCCUCCCAGCCCGCAGCCCCCAGCACCACCAGUGCCCCCCCACUCCCACCUCGGAAUGUCGGCAAAGUUCAGACAGCCUCCUCAGCUAACACCCUGUGGAAGACAAACUCUGUAGGUGUGGACGCUGUAAGCCGGCAGCGAUCUUCGUCAGAUCCGCCAGCUGUCCACCCACCGCUGCCCCCUCUUCGUGUGACAUCUACCAAUCCCCUGACCUCCACACCUCCCCCUCCUGUGGCCAAGCCGCCUGGUGUGCUAGAAGCAUUGGGCCAGCCCAGCAAGCCUACUCAGCCUGGGGCUGUGCAGAGCAAGCCCCCACCCCUGCCGCCCCAACCACCCAGCCGCCUGCCACAGAAGAAACCUGCUUCUGGGACUGACAAGCCAACCCCAAUGAUCAACAAAGGUCAGCCACGAGGACCUGAAGCUCCAGGUUCUCUGUCUAAUGCCGUGACCCUGCAGCCCCCUGCACCCAUGCCCAGGAAGUCACAGGCGACCAAGUCAAAACCCAAGCGGGUCAAAGCACUCUACAACUGUGUGGCUGACAACCCUGACGAGCUGACCUUCUCCGAAGGGGAUGUGAUCGUGGUAGACGGGGAGGAGGACCAGGAGUGGUGGAUUGGCCACAUUGAUGGAGAACCCAGUCGCAAAGGAGCAUUUCCUGUGUCAUUUGUGCACUUUAUUGCUGACUAAAAUUGCUACCGAACAAAAAGCCUUUCUUUAACCAUCAUGUUCCUGUUUUGUUAUUGGUACCAAAAUUCUUACCCGAUAACAAGUUUUAUGAAUUAUUUUGUAUGGCAGUCCAUUUUCUCAUACCACUGUUGUUUUAAAAACUUGAAGGCAGUUUUUAUAUAUAAGUGAAUUGUUUUAACAAUUUGUGGCUUUCAUGAAACACUGUUAUACUUUCAUGAGGAAAAACUGAAUUUCUUAAAAGGUGAACUGAGAAAUUAUUUUAACUACAAAACCGAGAUCUUGCAUCUACAGAAUUACCUAAAUGUAAAACUGUUUAAAUGAAGAGUAUCAGAAAUUCUUCCCGCUUUCCUUGGCCCACUUCUGGAGUUAGUGAUCUUUAGUGCAGAUAUUAUUCAGGAAGCCAGUAAGCUGCUCCUUCAGAGUCCCUUGCCCUGCCUGGACUUUCUCCAUAAAAUGCCAUCAGUUCACCUUUAAAGACAGAUAGUCCUUUGAAACCCACUCAAUGUCUGUUAAAAGCAAGUUGGAAAUUUCAACAUUAGCCUUGUACUUUCUAGCCCUAACCUGUGAAGUUGCAGCUGUCAUGAGCUUCUGCAUGUGUGUAUGACCUGUUGUUGUGAACAAUCAUACUUAACAAAAUUACUCGUGGGUUAUUACAACAUAUGGAUGGUAAUAGCAGUUUAUUCCCUUCCAGGAGCUUGUAUCAAACUGCAUUUCCUGAAUUUGGUUAAAAACUAAGGAUGAUGGAUUGCAAAAACAGUUCUUUAAACUAGUUUAUAUGCUUUAGGUGUUUUAGAAUUUGCCUUCCUCAACUUCCCCUGUGGCACAGACCACGACACAGUAAAACAUUCCGUGCUGUUUCCUGUUCAGUGUACCACUGCCUUCCCAUUCUAGUUCCCGAAGGCUUUCUCUCAGCUUAGCGUCUUGUACUUAUCUAAUAGGCCAACAGGAAUAGUAGCUACACGGUCUUAAAUUCAAUCUGUCCAUUUGUUUGUAUUCAAGAGCAUAUCAGAAAUCUGUAGGUCCUGGGUAAUACAGUGCUCCCAGACAUCCCAGUCUUAAUAUUUAAGGGCAUCAUAUCACUCUUAAAUGUACACUACUUGGGGAGAGGGAUGGGAAUUAGGUUGUAAAUGAUAAAAUCAAAACUCAUUAGUUUUAAUGAACUUGACUGUCAUGCCUCUAUUAGUAAUUGUGAGCAUAAGAUUCAUAGUAUAAUAUUGGGGAUGAUGACACUUUUAGAAAAGGCAUGUGAUGCCCACCUGACUUUGAGCAAAAGUAAAGGAGUAAAUUUAAGCAUAGGCUUGUAAAGCAAGGCAUCGAAGCUGUUACGCGUUUGCCAUGAUGGUACAUUUGACUGAAGCAGCUUGUCGUUAUCAUGAAGACUCCUGUACAUGUUGAGCUUUUUUUUUUUUUUUGGCAUUGUAUUUUUAUUUUUAAAGGAAGACAACAAACUGGAACGUUUUAUGAUGUAUAGGGAUUGAUUUUUGCCUUCAGUGUCCAGGUAAAAGCGUGUUUGCUCUGUAAUUUUUUUUUUAAAGCGCUACAUUUGUUUUCACUACUUGUUCAUUUCUGUUGUUUGAACCCCUUCAUUUAGUCAGUUUUCUCAGAGAUUUAAGAGUGUGAACAGAUGCCUUUUGCACAGUGCACUUCAUGUCUGUUGUUUCCUCCUCCCUACAUUUGGAUCUCAGUGUCUUUGAUGACCUGGUACCAGCCAUCCAAGAAUCAUGUUGAUUCACAUCAACAUUUGAACUCAAGUCCCAGUCUAAUAUAUCAGGUUCACUGGUACAUAAAUACCUAGGAAAUAUGUUUCCAGACUACAAUUAGCUGGUGCUAUUGUGCAGUA